GACAAAGCUAUUGAGUCCUGCUCCGAACUUCCACCGCAUAAAGCGGAAAGGAUGGACACUCACGCAUCCUAAUUCUGGCGGAGAAAAAAAAAAAAUACCUCCGUUCGCUUUGGAAUAUAUUUUGGAUGCGGGAAGCCCGGAACCUCGUAGACACAAAAGCUGAAUCAGAAGAAAAUAAAAAACAAACCGGAGCAAGACCCUCACGGAGCAGCGCUCACAGCAGGACAUGGGGAAUCAGCCUCGGCGCCGGGAGCGCAGCGGGCUGGUCCCGCUGUGCAUUUUCCUGGGGUCCUUGCUGACCUUGGGGACCGGGCAGAUCCGAUACUCGGUGCCAGAAGAGACAAACAUAGGCUUCUUCGUGGGCAACAUCUCCAAGGACCUGGGGCUGGAGCCCCGCGAGCUGGCGGGGCGCGGGGUCCGCAUCGUCUCCAGAGGAAAGACGCAGCUUUUCUCGCUGAGCCCGCGAGGCGGCAGCCUGGUCACCGCGGGCAGGAUCGACCGCGAGGAGCUCUGUGAUACGCUGCCCUCCUGCUUGCUGAACCUGGAGAUUCUCGUGGAGGACACCCUGAAGAUUUACGGAGUGGAGGUGGAAAUAGUGGACGUUAACGACAACGCCCCCAGCUUCCAGGAGGAGGAGGUAGAGAUCAAAGUCAGUGAGCAUACAAGUCCCGGAUCGCGAUUUCCGCUUCCGAACGCCAGAGAUCCGGACGCGGGGGUGAACGCCCUCCAGAGCUACCAGCUCAGCCCGAGCGGGUACUUUUCCCUGCAGGUGAGGGGCGGGACGGAUGGGGACAAGAAUCCAGAGCUGGUGCUGGAGGAAGGCCUGGACCGGGAGAAGGAGGCGGCUCACCACCUCCUGCUCACCGCCUCCGACGGGGGAGAGCCCACCCGCCAGGGUUCGGUUCCCAUUCGCGUGGUGGUGCUCGACGUCAAUGACCACGCCCCCAAGUUCACGCAGUCUGUGUACAGAGCGAGCGUUCCUGAGAACCUCAGCUCCGGAACUCGCGUGCUCGUGGCAAACGCCACAGACCCGGAUGAGGGUACCAACGGGGAAGUGACGUACUCGUUCCGGAAAAUGAAAAGCAAAGCUUCUGAAAUAUUUCAGUUGAAUCCUCGAACUGGAGAAGUUCUAGUCGGAAAGCCUCUGGAUUUUGAAAAGCAUAGAUUCUAUGAGAUGGAAAUUCAGGGCCAAGAUGGUGGCGGGCUGCUGAGCACCGCCGCGCUGUUGGUCACGGUCGUGGACGUGAACGACAACGCUCCGGAGAUAACUGUCACCUCCUCCACUAACUCGGUGCCGGAAAAUUCUCCUUCGGGGACGGUAAUUGCCCUUCUAAACGUUCAAGAUCAAGAUUCUGGAGAAAACGGUCAGGUCUCUUGCUUCAUUCCCGAUGGCCUUCCUUUCAAGUUAGAAAAGACGUACGGGAGUUACUAUAAACUGAUAACCAACGGUGAGCUGGACCGGGAGCAGGUGGAGAGCUACAAUAUUACCUUGACCGCCAAAGAUCAGGGAAGGCCGCCCCUGUCUACAGAAACUCGCCUCCUGCUGAGAGUGGCGGAUGCCAACGACAACCCUCCAGUUUUCACCCACUCCUCCUACUCGGCCUACAUUCCCGAAAACAACCCCAGAGGCUCUUCCGUCUUCUCCGUGACCGCCGUGGACAGGGAUAGCAGGGAAAACGCCCAGGUCACCUACUCUCUGGCCGAGGACACGGUCCAAGGCACACCUCUGUCCUCUUACGUUUCUAUCAACUCGGACACCGGUGUGCUGUAUGCCCUGCAAUCCUUCGACUACGAGCAGUUCCAAACGCUGCAGCUGGGCGUGACGGCCAGCGAUAACGGUGACCCUCCGUUAAGCAGCAACAUUUCGCUGACCCUGUUCGUGCUGGACCAGAACGACAACACUCCGGAGAUCCUGUACCCUUCUCCCCCUACCGACGGCUCUACCGGGGUGGAGCUGGCGCCCCGCUCUGCAGAGCCCGGUUAUUUAGUGACCAAGGUGGUGGCGGUGGACAGGGACUCCGGGCAGAACGCCUGGCUGUCCUACCGCCUGCUCAAGGCCAGCGAGCCGGGGCUCUUCUCGGUGGGGCUGCACACAGGCGAGGUGCGCACGGCCCGUGCCAUGAUGGACAAAGAUGCCCUCAAGCAGAGCCUCGUGGUCACUGUGCAGGACCACGGCCAACCUCCCCUCUCGGCCACCGUCAAGCUCACCGUGGCGGUGGCCGACAGCAUCCCCGACGUCCUGGAGGACUUGGCUAGCCUGGAGUCUCCCGCCGACCCGGAAGACUCGGGCCUCACCCUCUACCUAGUAGUGGCCAUCACCGCGGUCUCCUGCGUCUUCCUCCUGUUCGUCGCGGUUCUGCUGGCUCUCAGGCUGCGGCGCUGGCACUCAGCGCGUCUGCUCCAGGCCGCCCGCGGAUUGGCUGGCGUGCCUCCUUCGCACUUUGUGGGCGUGGACGGGGUGCGCGCUUUUCUCCAGACCUAUUCCCACGAAGUGUCGCUCACUGCAGACUCGAGGAAGAGUCACCUCAUCUUCCCACAGCCCAACUACGCAGACACGCUCCUCAGCCAGGAGAGCUGUGGGAAAAGCGAGCCUCUCCUGAUAGCUGAAGACCCAGCUACCGGUUUAGGCAAAUGUGACCCGUCAGAUGGUCAGGUGAGAUAG